AUGGCAAGUGCCGAUUUGCCUUCUCCUGAAUUCGUGGCUGAUGCGACAUCUGCUGUUGCCCGCUUAAUCGUGGGAAUUCCAUCGGAGUAUGUCUCCACGGAAUCUUCUCCGAUAUCUUCAAACACACUCGGAAAAUUAUGCAGCCUAACUUUGACGAAAUUUCACUGCUUUCCCAGGCUACCUCUCGAGUUACGUCGCAAAAUCUGGGAUAUCUAUUUUGGUCCGCAGCUUGGCCGGAUUAUCGAGAUCGAAUGGGAUCCGACUCAUCCCGUUGACAAGCAUCAUGGAUACAGAGCAACAAAGGCAUCUUCUCAGGCCCCUAUAGGCUUACGAGAUCCUAUUUGUCGAGAUACUCGGGAUGAAAUUUUGAGAAAAUGUCAGCUUUGGCAUUUCGAUAAUCGUCCUGAAGGGCAUGAACCACCAUCUCGACUUACAUAUUUUGAUCCUUCUAUCGAUAUCGUCUACUUCGGUUACAAUACUUGUUUUGGUACAAUGUGCCUCUUUGUGGACAAUUUGGUUAGGGCGGGAAAACAACUUUCGCGUGUUGCGACUCGUGGUCUCGUUGAUAGAAAUUACUCUUGUUUAAAGGAUCGCAGAUCGGUCUUGGACGUUUGUUGUUCUUAUGUGACAGAGAGUGCCCUCACAACCGUCCAGUUCCCAGAAAACUCCCUCCGUGCAGAAGGUAAUUACAAUCGACAGCUAGAUCUUGGUUUGAAAGUGCUUCAUGGUUUCCACACGGACAAGUUUCCAAACGUCUAUAAUGGAUGGCCUGGCUUGCGGGAGAUUAUUAUUUACGCUCAGUAUUUUCCGCCGGUAGACGAAAACACUACGCUUAGACCGCCUACUUACGCUGGAAUUCAACCAGCAAAGUCAGAUAUGUCGAGCUUUUGGUGUAUUGAAGAGAUAAAACGGGGCAAUUCUCAAUUUGAUAAUUGGACAAAAGGUAUCCAGCCAAAAUUUAGCCAUGCUUGCCUUUCUAAACGAGCUGAACCUGGAAGAGUGUGCGACUCCUUAACGAUGACAGAGGGAGACGUUGACGCAUCCGUCUGGAACACCUAUUGCGAGGAGAUCGUGAGAUUAUCAAGUUCACACUGCCGAAUUAGGGUAACAAAACGGAAUACUAACAUUUAUAACCGAUAUGCUUAUUUUGAAUUAUAUGGCACUGAGGAGGCAAUCUUCGCUGUGAAAAAAGCUUGCUUGUGA